CAACGCAGACCUCGCCGCCGCCGCGCAAACCAAUGGCCGCCGCCACCGCCGCCGCCUCCUCCCGCUUCGCCCCCGCCCACCUGCUUCCUCCCCGUUCCCGCAGGAGUGGGAGGCCCCCGGCGCCACGCACCACCGCGACGGCCUGCGGCGCCGUCGGGCGCGGCCGCCGGCUGCGCUGCGAGUUCGUGGCCGGCGGCGGGAACGGCGCGCUCUCCGGGGAGGACGACCCGCGCCUCAUAGACCGCCAAAAAGCUCUUGAUGCUGCCAUGAAUGACAUAAACAGCUCCUUUGGAAAAGGCAGUGUUACAAGAUUAGGAAGCGCAGGCGGUGCUUUUGUUGAGACAUUUCCGAGUGGCUGUUUAACAUUAGAUUUUGCCCUAGGUGGUGGCCUUCCAAAAGGAAGAGUAGUAGAGGUGUAUGGUCCAGAAAGCAGUGGAAAGACUACUCUAGCGCUGCAUGCCAUUGCUGAAGUACAGAAGCUGGGUGGAAAUGCUAUGCUUGUGGAUGCAGAGCAUGCUUUUGAUCCAGCUUAUUCUAAAGCACUUGGGGUAGAUAUUGAAAAUCUGAUUGUCUGCCAACCAGAUAAUGGAGAGAUGGCAUUAGAAAUUGCGGACCGCAUGUGCAGAUCUGGAGCAAUAGAUCUCAUCUGUAUUGAUUCAGUGUCCGCUCUUACCCCACGUGCAGAAAUUGAAGGUGAGAUAGGGAUGCAGCAGAUGGGCUUACAAGCACGUCUGAUGAGUCAAGCAUUGAGAAAGAUGUCAGGCAAUGCCUCAAAGGCUGGUUGUACUCUCAUGUUCUUGAAUCAGAUAAGAUACAAGAUUGGAGUAUUCUAUGGUAAUCCUGAAGUCACUAGUGGAGGGAUUGCUUUGAAGUUCUUCGCAUCAGUUCGCCUAGAGAUACGGCCCAUUGGCAAGAUAAAAUCUGCCAAGGGAGAUGAAGAUGUGGGUGUGAAGGUUCGUGUCAGAGUGCAGAAGAGUAAAGUCUCCAGACCAUACAAGCAAGCUGAAUUUGAGAUCAUCUUUGGGGAGGGCGUUAGUAAACUGGGAUGUGUUCUUGAUUGUGCUGAGCUGAUGGAAGUUGUUGCAAAGAAGGGUUCAUGGUAUAGCUAUAAAGAUAUGAGAUUGGGUCAAGGUAGAGAAAAGGCACUGCAAUAUCUCCGAGAGAGCCCUACAAUCUGUGAUGAGAUAGAAAAGGCUGUUCGGGCUAUGAUACCAGAAGGAACAAGACAUGAGAGCUUGCUAGCUUUCGGGCAGUCAUCACUGACCGAAGAGGAACAAGUAUAUGAUGAGUGAUGGAUAAUGCAUAUAUGAUGAGUGAUGGAUGAUGCAUAAUAUGAUGAGUGAUGAUGCAUCUGGUUUUGAAAACAAACAGCUGCUGAAGUGCUGAGCUGUCUAACACCAUAAUUCCCAGCUUUUUGGCCCCUUAGUGAAACGACAUUCUGGUGAAGGACAAGACUAAGAGUGGCUAUUUAAA